ACGCUCCAAUGGACUCUCUCUUUGACCCUGGUCAAGUGCGCAUCCUUCUUCCCAUAUUUUUUUUCUUCCCACCUCCUUUCCCAUGCACGGUCGCUUCGAGAUCCUGCGUCCUUCCGCUUCAACCUUCACCUUCUCGCGGCGAGGAAGAGUUCUCGCGCCCGUUCGGUUCGCAUUACGCGCUGUGACGAUGGAAGGCUGAGAGAGCUGGUGGAAAUCCGAUUUGCUCCGGAAGAAGAUUUAGGACAAGUGUGAUUUUGAUUUCGCGUGCAUGUGACAUGUUCCUGACGGAGAGAACCUCAUUGUAGGAGAGAUGGAUGCUCGAAGAGCUUUGCCAUUCUUAUUGCUGGUGAUCUACAUAAUCAGUGCAGUUUUUGCCAUCCAGAAUGGCCGAGGUGGUUCAAACUACAUUCGACGCAUUCGCAGAAUCAGCGAGUAUCUCGUACCACCGCCACCACCAGGAUUUCGUCCAUACAGCAGAAAUCCAAGAUUGGCGACUCCCCAGCCAACCGAUGCACCGGGAUAUUUCUCGUGGAUGAUGAAGUGGUUGAAUCCUUUUAGUUCCGAGUCUUCGUCGCAACCGCCGCCGCCGCUACCACCACCACCACCACUGCACGAAACUUCAUAUUCCCCAUCACCAGGUCUAUCGCCUCCUGGACCACCCGCGACACUCUACAACGGUCCCCCUCCUGUGGUGAAUCCCCCUCCUUAUGAGAAACCACCUCUUCCUCCGUCUCCUGUCAACGAUCAAUCCGCAUAUCCUUCUUCAGCCAAGGGCAAGAGUUGCAAUUCUUGCAACAGAGUCCCGUGGAUGCCGAUACAGAAUCCAGGUGAGGCUGCCCAUUCGGGAGAUGCUUCGUAUAUACCACCACCGCCACCGCCGCAAAUUCAAUCGUCACUGAACGGCGAGUAUCUGCCACCUGUAAAUCACGAAGUACCUUAUGAUGCUCAUCAUGCUGCCUCGCAGGAAGUCAGAGCUCCAGACUUCUCUUUCGCGUCGCCUUUACCCAUCGAAGACCAGGACAACUCCUUUAUUGGCCCGUUACCAAACCCGCAUUUAUUUCCCGGAGCAUUACCGCCGCUCUUUAAAGCGGGAGACUUUAAUUACCCUUCGCAAGUCGCUUCUGAUGAAAAUUUAUAUCUUGACGCACCACCACCACCACCGUCUGUUUCCGGGAACAGCGCGCUCACAGGAAACGGCUCUUUUCUGGAUGUAACGAGACCUGCUUUCAAUGGUGGACACAACGAACAAUCUGUGUAUCCAAAUCCCUCGAUCCAUCAAGAACUAGGAUAUCCUACAAAUAGCGGAGAAUUCGAUCAUUUUCAAGAUCAUAGGGCACACGGUGAUCUAUCCUCCAGUGGCACUCAAGUGUCUCACGGUCAUGUCAAUCCUGUACCAGAUAAACAAGAAUACGAAAAUAAAGAUUUAUUCGAUUCCGUAAAUCAUCAAACAUCUAUUGAUAGUUCUGGCGUUCAGAAUCGUCAACCUUCGGGAGUGCCUAAUAAUGCAGGAUUUUAUGAGGUGACGGGUUCGAGUGGACCGACAGGAAAUUUCCUCGAUAACGCGGGUCCAAUCAACCAAAAUCUUCCCAGCUAUGGAAUUUCCGAUCUCGACCAAAUACCGAAUCGAUACAACGAUCUGUCCACGAGCGCCAACGUCGCCGAGAGUUCUCACGUACCUCCGCGUGCUUUAGACGGAUCUUCUGGGAAGAUUGAAGAUUCAAUAAAUUUUGAGGAGUCACCGUUGCUAGAUUUCACGCACACGGAUGAAAGUCGGACGGACUCGUCCUCGAUAUCGCCGACCUCUAACGCAUUCGGGGGCUUUGAGAGUUCCGAGAUUGCCGGGACGACUGUGGUACCUGGUGAGGAGAUUUUCGGAAUACGUCAAGGUGUCGCUUCAACGCAAUCUCAUCUCUCUCCGGAUUAUCUCGAGACAAUAUCGAAGGUUAACAAUAACACGAUUCAGAAUGCUACCAAAAGUCUUUAUGAUCCUACAGUUCUUCGGGAGCAAGACGUCUCCUACACUUCGCCACUUGGGAAGACGUGGUAUCCGUGGUCAAAUGUCCUUUCAACGACUCCGAAUACAGAUACAAUUCCGCAAUCAUUUUGGAACAUUCUGAAACCCUACGAUGAUGCAGCGGAAGAUAUAUUGAGUCAAAAUAUUAAUUUGAACGAGACACAGCAAGGUGCGAAGAGGAAUAAACAGGUACAAGUCAUCAUUCCUUAUACGUCGCAAUAUACGCCACUUCCAUUCCAUCCAACGCAUGAAAAAAAGAUUUCCGACGCGAGUGAAUCCAAUCAUGACAAUUAUGCUGGUGAAGAAUCAAGAAACAGAAUCAAAGUGGCCAGUCCUCCCAACUCGUCGAUCAUUUCUCCAACUUGGCCGACAACUUUACCGAUAUUUGAAAAUGUCACCAAAAAACCAAUUAGUAUUAAAGCGAACAACUCUAUAGAUGUACAUAGAUUGCAAAAGAAUAUUGAUAACUGGACGAUACAGGAAUAUUCAAAAGGCACAACUGCUAGUACAGUAUCGCCUAGUUCGUCCAAUCCGUACCUUUUUCCUUCAAAGAAAAUCCCUGAUGAGUAUCUGACUACCACCGAGCCUGUUGAUCACAUAGAUGAUUCUCACAAAGAUAAUGUUAAGACGUUCACUCUGGCCGGAUUCAGCUUCAAUGAUCUAGAAUACAAAGAAUCGGCCAGCAAUCGCGUGGAAACUACACAAGCAGUGAACAUUAAAAAGUCAACUGAGAGUUCUACCGAUACUCCCACUACAUCCACGAACGUCGACAUAUGGCAGAGCUUCCCUGUGGGGAUUUCUCAAGUGAACAAAGAACGCGUCCAUGUCGUCACGCCCCAGCCUGUUGUAACUUCUAAAUCGACUCCUAUCCAACAGAAAAAAGAGAAAACGGUGAAGGAGGUAGAAAGGAACACGAAGGAAUCAAGGAAAGCUUCGGAAACGGAUAUAAAGAAAACGAAGACAAAGUCCGAAGAUACGUUUGAAUCGAUCGAGAAAGCCUAUCAAGUGCUGCCUCAGGCUGUGAACAAUUUGGCUGUGGCUUCCACAGGUCCAGAGAGCGUUCCUUUGUGGGGCAUCAUGGAACAUGAAGAGUUUGCAUUGCCUGAAAAACACAAUUACGAAAAUGAAGAUGAGUUCGAACAUCCUGAAAUUCUUGAAAUUCCUAUGCUGUAUUCUGGACACUCAAAGGUGUCACGUGCCAGACGAUGACGUAUGAAGUGUGGAAAAUGCUCAAGAUAAUUCUUUAUGUAUGUGCGGACGAUUUGAGUGUGUUUCCGUGAACAAUGUGAACGGUUGUGAACUGUUGUAACUGUUAAAAUAUUCUUCGACCUCAUUUCCAAAUAAACUUCUUAAUUUACUGAUAUUUAAUAUAAACGGGUGAACUGUUUCGAUUCUACGUGCGCGCGUAAGUGAUUAUUGUGGCCAGUGCACCGGUAUUUUAUAAUCCGGAAUAUGUAUAUUAUAUAUACAUAUAUGUAUAUCAUAUAUACAUGUUUUGUU